UCUUAUAUAUAUGUUCACGUAAAGAUCAUAUGGACCACGAUAGUCGGUGCGACGUUGAUUUAUAUGUUUCAUUUUAUUAUAAUAAAAUGAACUUCUAGAAAUGUUUAAAUGUAUAAUUGUUUUGAUGUGAUAACAUUUUUUUAUGUUUUUCUUCUUUUUUUUUAUCUAACAACAACUAUUCAAAAUCAAUGACGCAUAAGCCAUUUGUAGGAUGAUACACAGCAUCAUUAAUGUGACAUCAAAUCUGUCACGCUUACUGUACGCGUUUUGAAGAUAUUUGAUUGUUAAUUUCACAAUUUAAGAGACGUUAAUGAAUACUUUACUUAAUGUUCCAAUCAUUUCAAAACCUUAAUACGUUAUAAAAUGUUCUCAAUCAUAUAAUUAAUUUUAUUUGCAUAAACUACAUACAUAAUUUUGUCGAUUUAACUGAUUGAUUUCAAAGAUGCUGGAAGUAGGUUUGCGUGUUGUGCGUGGUCAAGAUUGGAAAUGGGAUGAUCAAGAUGGUGGAGAAGGCCAUGCUGGUACAGUAGUAGAAAUUGGCAAACCACCAUCUGGAACUUCAGCUUCUAGUCCUAAUCCUGCUGAUAGAACACCUGACAAGACUGUUAUCGUUCAAUGGGAUCAUGGUUCUAGAAGUAAUUAUAGAAUUGGAUAUCAGGGAGCUUAUGAUUUACUUGUCUUUGACAAUGCAGCUAUUGGUGUAAAACAUUGUAAUAUUAUUUGUGAUGGAUGUAAAAAGCGUGGUAUAAUUGGUAUGAGAUGGAAGUGUACAGAAUGUUCCGAUUAUGACUUAUGCACACAAUGUUAUAUGGCAGAUAUACACGAUUUAACUCAUACUUUUCAAAGAUUUCAAACUCCUACUUCUAUAGAGAUACAGCUGAGUGCAAGAGAAGGUUGUACAAAAAUACCGUUGAAAGGUAUUUUUAUUGGAGCAAAGGUAGUUCGUGGACCAGAUUGGGAAUGGGGUAAUCAAGAUGGAGGUUCAGGUAAAAGUGGAAGAGUUAUGGAUAUUCGUGGUUGGGAUAAUGAGAGUAGUCGUUCGGUUGCUACCGUUACAUGGUCCAUAGGAAGUACUAAUGUCUAUCGACUUGGGUAUAAAGGCUGUGUAGAUUUAUGUUAUAUAGAAGAAGCCACUGCUGGUACCUAUUAUAAAGAACACCUUCCAUUUCUUGGACAACCUAUAAUAGUAUAUCCAGACGGUAGAAACGAUUCUAUGUUGAAUAGAGGCAAUACUCCCAAUGUUGUUGUUUCUAGUCUUCGUCAUUUGACAUUUAACAUUGGAGAUAAAGUAAAAGUUUUAAUUCAGGUAGAAGCUCUCAAAGAAAUGCAGGAUGGUCAUGGUGGAUGGAAUCCACGUAUGGCAGAAUAUAUAGGGAAGAUCGGUACUGUUCAUCGGGUAACGGACAAGGGAGAUAUUCGUGUACAAUACGAAGGUUGUAAUAAUAGAUGGACAUUUCACCCUAAAGCUUUAACAAAAGUAACAAGCAAAGAUAUAUUUUCUCUUGGAGAUAUAGUUAAAGUAAAAAACGAUUUAACUACGGUAAAACAUUAUCAACGAGGACACGGAGAAUGGAUAGACGUAAUGAAAACAGCUCUUGGAAAAACUGGAAAAAUAAUAAAAAUAUAUUCAGAUGGAGAUUUACGUGUAGCAUUGGAUGGUCAUACAUGGACGUUUAAUCCUUUGAGCGUAUCAUUAAUGCCACCUGGAUCACAUAAUGUACCUGUUAUAAAUGAAGAGGCAGAUAGGAAUAGAGAUCGAUCAGUCGGUGUAACAGAUAAUGAAGUAGAAAAAUUAUUACGAGAUGCUGCCAGAGGAGAGGCAGGUGUUCAUGCGGUAAGGGAAUUUUUGAAAAAAUAUCCUGGUAGGGUGGAUGCUCGAGCUGGUGGUCCUGGUGGUGAGAAAAAAACCUGUCUACAAGUAGCUGCGCAUCAAGGGCAACAUGAUCUUUGCAUUCUUCUUCUCGAUGCUGGAGCUUCUUUACGAGCAAUCGAUGAAGAUGGGGAUACUCCGCUACAUUAUGCCGCAUUUGGGAAUCAACCAGAAAUAAUGGAAUUGCUUUUGUCGCGAGGUGCGGCUAUUAAUGCUGUAAAUAAUGGUAAAUGUAGUGCACUACAUGUUGCUGUAAAUAAGCAGCAUGUUCAAUGUGUAAAAAUAUUGUUACGUUAUAAUUGCGAUGUAAAUCUGCAAGAUUCAUAUGGGGAUACUGCAUUGCAUGAUGCCAUUGGAAAGGAUGCACUUGAUAUAAUCGAUGCUCUUUGUGCUUGCGAAAGGAUAAAUUUUACUUUACGUAAUAAGCGUGGUUUUAAUGUUCUACAUCAUGCUGCCUUAAAGGGUAAUGCACAUGCUACGGAAAGACUUGUGACACGAGCACGGCAUUUAGUAGAUGUGAAAAAGGAAGAUGGUUUUGCAGCAUUACAUCUUGCAGCAUUGAACGGUCAUAAAGAUGUGGCUGCUACGCUUCUCUCUCCAAGUGGCGGUUGUGCAAAAGUAGAUCUACGUAAUAACAGACGACAAACAGCCCUACAUUUAGCUACUUCGCAAGCACACUGGUCCUUAGUAGAGUUACUUAUCAAUUAUAACGCAGAUAUUACGAACACGGAUGAAGACGGAGAUACGGCAUUGCACAUUGCUGUAGCCAAAAGUCCAAAUCAACCGUCAACUAUACCGACGCCAGAGAGUAGCCGAGAUUCACCUAUUAUUUAUGGGAUUUGGCAGACUUUGACAAGACAAGGAGCAAAAUCUGAAUUAGCAUUGGCUUGUUUUUUAGUAAGCGUAGAUAAAACUCGUACACUUCUGGAACACGUAAAGAAUUCGAAAAAUAAGACUCCUUUGGAUCUUCUCAAUGAGGAUUCACAAGUUGCAGUACUCAUGAAACUUUUAAAAUCUUAUGAAUAUCAAAGCAACAAUACUCAACUUGAAGUAGGAAAUAAUUCAUCAUCCAGUUGCACGGAAACCACAAUACAUCAUGGAACUACCACAUCUGAAUCAGAAUUAUCUCGUGAGAGUGUCAAAAUUAAUUCUGCCGAUUCUGCUGAAUGCUGCGUUUGUUCACAGUUUUUAAUUAACUCGAAAGAAGAAUCUCGAUUUGAUCCUAGUGGUAGUGUCCCUUUUGUUAGUUGUUCACAUUGUAGACACAAGCCAAACAAAUCACAAAUAAUUCAAGAUGACCCAACAGCGAUAGCGAAUAUACCCACAGUUAAAAUGGAUAAGAAAAUAACAGACGUUUCAUUGGAUUAUAAAAUAAAAGAAGAUAAGCGAGACGAAGAGAAGGAAAAGGAAAAACACCUCGAACGAUUACGUUAUUUGGAAACUAGAGUGGCUGAUCUCGAAGAGGCAAAUAUGUGUAGUAUUUGCAUGGAACGUCGCCGCAAUGUUGCAUUUCUAUGUGGACAUGGUGCUUGUGAACAUUGUGCAGCACCGUUAAAAACAUGUCAUAUGUGUCGUAAAACUAUUACUAAAAAAAUUAAUCUAUAUUAGGGAUGAAAGUUAUAAAAUAAUUAUAAAGAGAGCAACAUGAGAAAUUAAAUAAAUGUCAGACUCUAUACAAAAAUAGAAAAAAUAAGUAGAAAAUUAAGUUCCUAUUUGGGACUGAAAAUUAUAACUGAAACUUAGUUGAAUUUCAAGCAUUUGUUUAGUUUGAGUCGUCUCUUAUUUAAAUAUAUAUAUAUAUAUAUAUA